AUGGCGAACUACUAUAGGCGGUUCAUUCCGAUGUUCAGUGAGAUGAGUACCCCACUCACCAAUCUCCUCCGCAAAAAGCCGAAAACGAUCGUAUGGAAUGACGAAGCUGAAAAAGCUUUCAUACGCAUCAAAGAAAGCUUAGUUACGUCUCCCGUGCUCAGUAAUCCCGAUUUUGACUUGCCCUUUGAAGUGCAAACCGAUCUUUCGCCGGCGCAACAGGCUUACGCUGCGACCGAAAAAGAGGGACUGGCUGUAAUUUUAGCCAUAGAAAAGUUCCGACCAUACAUAGAAGGUACGCACUUUGUCGUGAUAACCGAUGCAUCUGCACUCACCCAUAUUAUGAAGGGGAAGUGGAGAACGUCCUCUCGGCUGAGUAGAUGGAGUAUUGAACUUCAAGGGUACGAUUUAGAAAUAAGGCAUCGUCGAGGAAGAGAUAACAUUAUCCCAGACGCUUUAUCGCGGGCAGUGGAAGCUCUCGAAUUUAAAGCAGGGACCGACGAUAACUGGUAUGCAGGAUUGCUUAAGAGGGUUGAAGAAGCACCAGAUAUUAAUUUGGACUAUAAAAUUGAGAACGGUAAACUUUAUAAGUUCGUGCCGACGAAGACCGACGUUUUCGAUUAUCGGUAUGAAUGGAAGCUCUGUGUUCCUGAGAAUUUUCGGUAUGAAAUUCUUCAGACUGAACACGAUAACGCUUUUCAUAUUGGCUAUGAAAAGCUGCUAGACAAAUUUAAGGAGUCCAACACAAUUACCGAGGUCCAAAUACGCUUGGGUAAGUUGGAGGAGCUUUGGGAAGCGUUUAGUGGCACCUUAGUCGAAAUAUUUUCCCACGAUGACUACGAUGCUGAAGGAAACGCGUUUGAAAAGGAGCGAAUGGAGUUUAGUGAUCGCUACUACGAAGCCAAAUCUUUCCUAAUGGAUAAAACUAGGGAACUGCAGGCGCCGCAAGUCCUUGAGCAAUCAAGCAGUGCUGGAGAUUCGUCAAUGCGGAAUGGCACCGACCAUGAGGACCUACCCGAGGUGGAAAAAUUCCAUUAUUUGAAGGGGUGUUUGCAAGGAGAACCCAAGAGCCUGAUCGAUCCGUUGCAGAUUACAAAAGCCAAUUAUCAGGUGGCGUGGGAUUUGUUGUUAAAACGGUAUAACAACAGCAAAUUGUUAAAGAAGCGGCAGGUUAUCUCGUUGUUCAAGCUUCCAAUGCUCUCUAAGGAAUCCGCAAUGGAGCUGAAUGCCCUGGUGGAAGAGUUCGAGAAAAUUAUACAGACUCUCGAUCAGGUGGUGCAAUUAGCCGAUUUCAAGGACCUUUUACUUGUUAAUUUCCUUACGGCACGGCUCGAUCCCGUUACUCGGAGGGGGUGGGAGGAGAUGUCGGCAUCACGUGAGAAGGAUUCUUUGGUAGACCUGCUUGAUUUCUUUCACCGUAAAAUACAGGUUUUGCAGUGCCUCCCACAGCGGCCCGUGGAUAACAAGGGAAUUCAGCAGCACCAACCGCAGCAAAAACAAAGAGCGUUGAUGACCAGGACAAACUGCAAUUCAUCUCAAGUGUCUGGAGGACGCUGUGUAGCUUGCUUGUCGAACCACUCUCUCUACCAAUGUAAUACUUUCCAACACAUGAAUGUGGCCGACAGAGAUGCUUUACUGAAAUCUAACUCGUUAUGCCGCAACUGCUUCAGGGCAGGUCACAUGGCUAAAGAUUGCCAAUCCAAAUAUUCUUGCCAACAUCAAUAUUCUGCUAAGGUUCUGUUAGCUACAGCUGUCGUCAUAAUCGAGGAUGAUGACGGUAACCGGUAUCCUGCCCGCGCUUUACUAGAUUCUGGAUCGGAAAGCAACUUCGUCACUGAACGAUUGAGUCAAAGGCUGAAGGUGAGCCGCGAUCGAGUGGAAGUCUCAGUCCUUGGCAUUGGACAUACGACUAUCAAGGUUAAGCAAAAAAUUCGAGCUACGAUACGUUCCCGUAUAUCAUCAUUUUCAAGAGAAUUAAGCUUUUUAGUACUUCCGAAGGUCACGGUGAAUCUUCCUACCAGCAAUAUAAAUACGGAGCGGUGGGAGAUUCCGAACGGAGUGCAAUUGGCAGAUCCGACAUUUUUCGAGUCUAAAGCGGUGGACUUGGUACUGGGCAUAGAGGCCUUCUUCGAUUUCUUCGAGACUGGUAGAAGGAUUUCUCUGGGACAACAUAUGCCAACACUCAGUGAAUCCGUUUUCGGUUGGGUUGCCUGCGGCGGGCAUACACAUCAAACACAGUCUCUUCAAAUCAAAUGCAAUCUUUCAGCGGUGGAUAGUUUGGACAAAUUGAUCACCCGGUUUUGGUCUUGCGAGGAAAUAGAGUCUGGUAAGGCUCUUUCAUUGGAGGAAAAGCGUUGCGGAGAGCUGCAAACGAUCAAACGUAACCCUGACGGUAGGUACACCGUCUCCUUACCAAAGGAUGAAGCCAUUCUCUCAAGGUUAGGCGAGUCACGGGACAUCGCAUUUCGGCGGCUUCAAGGGAUGGAGCGUAGAUUGGCCAGAGACGAGUCACUACACGAACAAUACACAAACUUCAUGCAGGAAUACUUGCAGCUCGGGCAUAUGCGGAAGGUCGAAGAGGCUGAGGUGAAUACAAUUAAGCGAUGCUACCUACGUCAUAAUCCGGUAGUCAAGGAGUCCAGCACCACCACCAAGGUUCGAGUGGUCUUUGACGCUUCCUGUAAAACGACUUCUGGGGAGUCGUUGAACGAUUUGUUACUGGUGGGGCCAGUGAUACAAGAAGAUCUCCGAUCCAUAAUCCUUCGUAGUCGAGCGAAGCAAAUAAUGCUGGUGUCCGACGUGGAAAAAAUGUUCCGUCAAAUUAAGGUGUGUCAGGAAGACCGCCCAUUGCAAUGUAUCCUGUGGCGCUCGUCUCCAAUUCAUGAUGUUGACACCUACGAACUGAAUACCGUGACGUACGGUACCAAACCUGCACCAUUCUUGGCGACCAGGACGCUGAAACAACUGGCGGUAGACGAGAAGGAUAAUUUUCCGUUCGCUGCAAGGGCUAUUAUGGAGGAUACAUACAUGGACGAUGUAAUAACAGGGUCGGAUGAUCCGGAAUCGGCACGAACUUUGCGGGUUCAACUAGAUUCGAUGAGGAAGAAAGGAGGGUUUAGGUUACGAAAAUGGGCAUCAAACUGCUCUGAUGUAUUGAGUGGGAUUCAAAAAGAGAAACUAGCAAUCCAAUCAUCGGAAGAGAUCAAUUUGGAUCCUGAUCCAUCGAUAAAAACUUUAGGGUUGACUUGGAUGCCAGUUACCGACACGCUUAAAUUUCAAUUUAAGAUUCCAAUUCUCAACCCUAGCGUACCGCUUACGAAACGAAACACUCUGUCGGUCAUUGCUACAUUAUUUGACCCUUUGGGUUUGCUGGGAGCGGCAAUAACUUCGGCAAAAACUUAUAUGCAGCUGUUGUGGACACUUCGUGAUGAAAACGGUCAAAGACUGAAUUGGGAUCAGUCACUACCCUCAACGGUGGGUGAGAUUUGGAUCAAGUACCACCAAUAA